GCACUAAAUCUAUUAAGAGCAAAACAUCGCAUGCUGUAUAGGCUAUUCUAAUUCGGAGUCAAAUCAAGAUUACAUUUGUCAUUUUGCAAGUUUAAUGUUUUUUUUUUUUUUGUUAAUAUGUAAGCAUCUUUGAAUUCUGAAGACAUGCCAUAAAACAGCUUAUCAUGCAUAUAAUUAUAAAAUACCUGCCUCUGAUUCUUUACACGUGGAUUUUUGUAUCUUCUUACAUUCGUGCAGAUGUACCAAAUGCAAGUCUAUGGGGAAAAAGGGUGAACUUUUGGAGUCAAACCUGUCUAUGGCAGCUGCGUAAACAGUGUAUUAUACCACCUCUUGAGGAACUCAGUGUAUGUGUUGACCUUAGGCGACAGCUUGGUACUUCUGAAUGGACUGCUUUUGUUUACAAAGGUCCCGGGGGACAGGAUGUGGAACUUGGCUUGGCUGGGGUCGGGGGCAAUUUAAAAGUCUCCCUUUUUGGAAAAGAAUGGAUAGUUGCACAAGACCUGGCCCUUUACAUAUGGCACACGGUGUGUCUGACAUGGUCAAGUCAUGCCAGGCUUUUCCAGCUGAUCGUAAAUGGAGCUAAUCACACGUUUCAUUUAAACGAGACAUUUCCAAGGUUCCUUGAAACCAAUGGAACCCUAACUUUAGGAGUGUCACAUAGUUAUGUCGGAGGUGUAAUAGAUUUUGAAACUGGGAAAAACUUCCUCGGGGAUAUAUAUCUGUUUCGAAUGUGGGGCGAGCAGUUGAGUGCUCUGCAGCUGGAUGCAAGGAAGUGUGUAGAUGGGAAUAUUGUGACUUGGAGAGAGAAAGACUGGCACUAUCAGGAAUGCCCACCGAUUUCAGACAAAAGCUUAAAGUGUGAAUGGUCAAAAUAUCAAAUUCAAAUGAACACGUCUAUUACACAAAAGACUAAUUAUGACUACACUGAGAAUGAAAUGAAGAAGAUUGUUCUGACCUGGCUUGGAAACGUUUUUCCUGAAACCAUAUCAGUACAUUCUGUGUUCCUAUCAAAGUUAAGCUCCCAAACAGGUGGUGGUUUAGAUCAAUACAAUGAUAUGCAAAAAAAGGUUGAAAGAACAUCAAACAAGAAACAAUGGUUUGACUGUCUGGUGUUUGUAAAAAAAACACCGGGUGCUGACGUGAGUGAAACAGAGGCUGAGAUAGAGAAGCUCCUAAAACCCAGCUACAAAUAUGAAUACAUCAUCCUAAAAACCGAUCCAACAUCUAUAAGCGUCCUCUCAGUAGCCCACUUUCCCAAUGAUGACCCUGCUUUGACUACUGCUGUCACUACUAAGUAUUCAAACAUAGGAACUACUAACAUUACAGCAUCAGUAACUCCGACAUCAUUACAGACAAGGGUAAUGGAAAGUGCAAGGUCUUCAACUACAAUUUCAAAGACAGAUACAGAUUUUGGAGACACUUUUUUUAGAGUCUAUCUCAACCUAACAAUGAGUGGCAGUAUUACAUUCCCAGAAACCACACUACAGCAAUGGCUUCAGCAAACACUGGGAGAUCAUGCAAUGGAACCACUCAAUAUUGUGCUAACAAGAUUAUCAAAAUACAUCAGCAGCUUUCAGGUUAAAGCAUCUGGAAAAGUGGAUGUCAAAGAGACAAAGAGGCUAAUGGUUAAUCUUUUAACACAAGGAUACUCCAACGCCACCAUUAAUAUCACUGUUCCAAAUAAUGAAGUCAACAUCCUCCAUAUAGAACCAGGUCUUUGUCCUGAGGAAACUAUGCACACAGUGUAUGGGAUUUACACAUGGCCCGAAAUGACGGCUCAAAACACAUAUUCAAUGGGUUGUGAGAAAGGUGAUGAAGAUGCUUCAAGGUUUUGUAAAUUAAACGGGGCAACUGAUAGAGCAGUUUGGGAUCCACCAGACAUGAGCAUGUGUAUGACGACUGUAUCAGGUUUUGAUGAUUUAGAGAAUAUUGAAGUUACAGUUAACAAUUCGGCAAAUAUUGUGAAUCUGAUUGCGGAUCUGCUAAAUACACAGAACAGUCUGAGUGAUAAGCAGCUGAACAUUGUGCUUAAUAAAUUGUCUGCAGUCACUAAGAUUGCCACCUUGACCACAGAUCUGUCCAGCAGCAUUAUUAAUAUACUUUCACAGAUCUGCGAAUACACAACUAACCUCGCCCAAGUCACCAAUGAAAUUCUUUAUAUCACAGAUCUUAUGGGAGACAGAACAGAAUUUGAUGGGGCUGAACUUAACAUUACAGCACCUUCUUUAGCUCUGCAGCUGAUUAACCCAGACACCUCUCAGUUCUCCGGCCUAACGUUUGGGGUGUUCUCCUUUCAGACUGGUUCCAACCCUGAGAUAUUUUUUAACAAAGUGUUUUCAGAGGAGCCAGACACAAUACAUGUUGCAUCCAUAUCUUUACCUUCUACUGUUGAGAACUUUUUCCCAAACAAUGAAGCAAUACCUCGGGUCCAGUUUCAUUUCUAUGGCAAAGAAAAUCUUUUUCAGGACACUCAAAGCGGUGUUAUCCUGAACUCUUACGUGGUGUCCGCAAGUAUCACCAACGCCACAGUGAGCGAUCUUGAGAUUCCAGUGGUGGUCACUUUCCAAAAUCUUCAACCAAAAGAGGAUCAAAGCAUUGUCAAAUGUGUCUUCUGGGAUUUCAGUAAGAACAAUGGCAGAGGCGGAUGGAAUGAUACAGGAUGUGAAGUGAAGACGUCAAACACCACUCAUACACUUUGUGUCUGUGAUCACCUCACACAUUUUGGAGUUCUUCUGGACAUCUCUAAAACCCCAAUAAAACCAGAAGAUGAAAAGAUUUUAACUGUUAUCUCAUAUCUGGGAAGUGGUGUAUCUUGCAUCUUUCUUGGAGUCACCCUGCUGACCUAUGUGGCCUUUGAGAAACUGAGGCGGGACAAUCCUUCAAAGAUCCUCAUCAACCUCUCCGUGGCUUUGCUGGGAUUAAACAUGUUUUUCCUGGUGAACUCCUGGUUUGCCUCGUUUAACAGCAAUGGGCUCUGUAUUGCUGUAGCUGCUGUUUUACAUUACUUUUUCCUGGCUGCCUUUACCUGGAUGGGUCUCGAGGCCAUCAACAUGUAUCUGGCCUUGGUCAAGGUCUUUAAUUCAUAUGUGCCAUCAUACAUUCUUAAAUUCUGUGCUCUUGGAUGGGGUUUACCUCUGGUGAUUGUGAGUUUAGUACUUGCUAUUGAUGCAGAUUCAUACGGCAACAGUUUCUCCAAUAUACAUUUUGAGAAAUCCACUCCAUUUUGCUGGAUAAACAAGGACAUAACUUUUUAUGUGACAGUGGUUUCGUUCGUGAUUCUGAUACUGAUCUGUAAUAUUGCCGUGUUCAUCGUGGUGCUUGUCCAGAUCAAGAAAAUGAGGGUUAAUAAGCCCUUAAGCAGCAGAAAAGGACUGCUGCAUGACCUACGAGUGGUGGCAAGCCUGACGUUCCUGCUGGGACUAACUUGGUUACCAGCCUUCUUAGCCUGGGGUCCAGCCAAAACACCUCUUCUAUACGUGUUCUCCAUCCUGAACAGUCUUCAAGGAUUUUUUAUCUUCCUGUUUUAUUGUUUGAUGAAAGACAAUGUAAGGAAACAGUGGAGGAUACACCUCUGUUGUGGAAGUUUCAGACUCACUGAAUACUCAGAUUGGAGCCGCUCUGUGACAGUGGGGGCCAAAGUUAAAGGAGGUCUACAAGUCUCAACAUCUACAAAGUCAGAGACAUCCAGUGACAGGAAGAUCUCGGACUCCUCCCACUCAGGGUCCAACCAUGAUCACGUUUGCCUGACACACAACAGAAACUAAACAGGAGGAAGAAUUCAGAUUAUUUUUCUUUAAUAUUGUCGAUAUGUCUCCACUAAUUUAAUGUACAGAUACUCAUAAUAAAUAAAAAAUGUUUAAAUCUAUAAUUUUUAUAAAUUGUACAAAUGUGUAUUUUUGGUAAUUUGUCAGAAAAUUGUAUUGAUAGAAUACAAAAAGUAGGCCUAUAAAUUAAAUAUUUGUUUGUUGUUGAUAUCAGAAGUAAUGAAAUGAUGUGUUUACACUAUUAUAAUAUUAUUUCAGCUCCAGUGAUAGCACUGUUUUUUAGAAAUUUCUACAUAUCUACAACCAUAAGAAAUCAUUUAAUCAUAAUAAUAUAAUAAUAAACAGCAGCUGGGUUUUGAUAACAUUUCAUGUGAUUGCAUUAUUGUAGGUUAUCCAUUUAAAAUAUUAUAUUAAUUUUGUGAAAUUGUGUCAACAAAUUUUUUGGUCAACAAAAAAUUGUGACCAUUAAAUUAGAUCAAUGUAAUUGAUAAAUCAUAUCUGACCAUUAAUCUCUACAAAAAUGAAUUUAACAACAUAUGCCCUGAAGAAACAUUAGUUCUGUGUGGUUUAUCCAGACAAAGAGUUGACAGUUGAAUGGUCUGACUUGUUUAGGCACAUUCUACUCAUACUGGUUAAAGUGCAGAGAUUACGCCCCAACAUAUAAGAGCAGAAUGUAAACUAGUUUCUUUUAGUCAAACUUCUUUUCAAAGAGAAACCUCAGAAAAAGAUAGCGUUGUAACGUGUUAUCUCCUAUGGAAUUCAAUUGCUAUUGCCUUUACCUUAUCAAUUGAUCGUACUGUGGAUUUAUCAACUUUUCACACAGUGAGUACAAAUUUCAUGGUGAUUACUGCAGUAAAACCAUUUUAAAACCAACUGGAGUCGGUCAAGGGCCUGUAUAAUUAUCAGGAGCUCUGUGUGCAACCUAAUGUAUAAUAAAUGAGUACAGUAUUUGCUGUCACUAGACGUUUUUUACUUCAAGCUUUUUAUAUUUACAUUUUUAUUUGAUGCAAGCUAUUUUCUAUUUAAUUAUUUUGUAUGUUAUAUUGCUAAAGUAGUUGUGUUAAAUGUUUAACUAAGGGCUGCAGGUGCAUAUAAUGCAUGCAUGUCUAUUCUACAUCGGAAUGCUAUUUUUUUAGAUUAAAACCUAGACACUUUUG